AUGCCUACUAUCGAUGUCGCCAUGGCGAGGAGCCUCCGGGGAGGAGUAUGGGGAUCAGUAAUGUCUAGCAUGGCCGCAAGCAUUCAGAGGCGUCAGAUCAUGUCCACGGUCGAGAACGCCGGGAACCAAAUUAAUGACGUGAAGACGGCACUUUCGAGUUGGGACAAUUGCAUGUCCGUCAACUAUUGCAAGUGGCCGGUCAUUGGAGUGAUUAUUGUUGGCGGCUUGAUCAUUUUCUCCAUCGUAUGGUGUAUCAUCAGGUGCGCCUGCUGCGGUUUGUCAUGCUGCUGUCAGUGUUGCUAUUGCUUGAAGUGUUGCGGCAACUGUUGCGGUUGCUGUGAUACCCCGAAAGGAACACCUCACAAGUAUCUCGACGACCAAUACGGAUCGACAAACCAAGGAUACAAGUCACAAGCACCAAUGCAUGCACCCGUUGCCCCCUUCCUCAACAAUCCGCCCGCACAUGCAGCACACUCAACGGCACCUGCCGCGGCCGCGCCGCCUCAGUACGCCGAAUUCGAAGUUAGCAAGUCUGGCAAUGCGGCGGAUGCCGAUGCGCUCCCCGCGAUGCCUAGCUGGGAGGGCGCGGGAUCCAAAAAGGUGGCAAUUGAGGAAGAGGUAGAACUUGAGCCGAUGAAGAAGCCUGCCGCGUCGCCGAAUGCCCAAAAUGCUCCUCUGAUGGCACCCAAUGCUAUGUCACACCCGAACAGCCCGAUGCCGAACAGCCGGAGUCCUUAUGCGCAAAGUCAAGCCGGCGCCAGCGGUUACUUCUCGAAUGCCAACCAGCCUGUAGACCCUUAUGCCGCUAACGGACAGGGAUUCAACAACUACGACAAUGGUUACGCGCAAUCGAACGCAGGCUUGGGAGUCGACCAGUACGGAGCUGGAGCAGCGGCAGUGGGAGGCAUGGCAAUGGCCCAGGGCAGGCGGACGCCAGCUCGCGAGUACAAUAACAGCGGCUACGGCCCUCAGAGAGGCCAGACGUACCCGCCUCCUCAGCAGGACUACGACCAAGGCUUCGAUAACUACGAGCAAGGCGGAUACGGUAUGGGCCAUCCGCCACGGAACGGUCCCAGCCCGGCUCCCAGAAGCUUCACAGCGCCUCCACGUAACGGGCCCAGUCCCGCACCUGCAGGUUACCGCCGCUCUCCUGGUCCCGAGUACCGUGGCUCCCCUGCGCCUCCUGCCGACUACCGCAGAUCACCGGCUCCCCCUAAUGACUACCGCCGGUCCCCUGCCCCCCAAAACGACUACGGAUACGACCAGCAAGACCAGUAUGCCAACGACGGCUACGGCCACCAGCAGUACGGUGGAGAUGGACGCCAAUUCUCCUCAGAGUCAACACGUCCCCUCGCUCCGCCCCAGCGGAGCUACACUGCCGACAACCCGCCUCUGUCCCCUGACCUUCAAAACUCCGGCGGCUUCGACUUCCAGUCGGGCUACAGCCGCCCCCAGCAAUACAACUACAACCGCGGCCCCAACAGUAGCGCGCAGCAAAUGCCUGCCGAACUAGACGAACAGCGGCCCCCGCAGAGCAGCGGCGGUACCUACCCAGGAUACAAGGCCUACCAGCCAACUAAGGAGGGCUGGAGCGGCGUUUGA